CUUAACUGUUGUGACGUCAUGGCAACUGGCUCCCACUACACACGGCACAUUAAAUAUGUAUUUCCCGUCUAGGCUAUACCGCUUGCUUUUAAACCUGCAGAGAGGAGCUGACGGUCUGGAGAGGGCGGUUUGGUCACGCGCGAGGAUUGUGGGUUGGAGUGAUUGACAGUAAAUGGGGUCCUUCCAAGAAGCGCGGUAGAAGCGAUGCCACCGGGUUGUCUCCGUCUAGAACUUAUUUGGGGAUUUGCAGUCGAUUUUAUUUGAUCGGUGAGCAAUCAAUCAGCAGCAGCGGAGGUGAAGACGCCGGGGUGCUUUCUGCUCUUCUGUCAGGCUCUUCCCAGCCUGUCUGUGUUGUGAGCUCAGGCGGACCGCCCCUCCACCCACUUCAAGAUGCACAUGAAUAGCUUAUUAAACCAGUGCACGGAGAUCUCCAGGAUGUGCGAGGUGGAUGUUUCGUCUGAGCCCAGCAGCCCGACGCUGUACACAGAGUCUUCUGAUACGUACUGCCAUGUGGACCGCUGGCAGAAACUACGCACUGCCGUCCGCAAGCUAGAAUUCUGGGAGAACUUCACACACGAGCUGAUCGGCAGUGGCUUCUUCUCAAAGGUUUACAAGGUAAUCCACAAUACCACACGGAAGGUGAUGGUAGUAAAGAUCUAUAAGAAUGACGUUGAUCAAGACAGCAUUGUACGAGAAAUCAGCCUUCUGCAAAAACUCUCACACCCCAACAUAGUGAGGUAUCUGGGUAUUUGUGUCAAAGAGGACAAGUUGUACCCAAUUCUGGAGUAUGUUAGUGGAGGAUGUUUAGAGGAACUGUUGGCCAGGAAAGAUGUGCCUCUAUGCUGGAGAGAGAAAGUAGACCUGGCUUCUGAUAUCACCAGAGGGAUGAUUUACCUCCACUACAAGAACAUCUACCACAGAGAUCUGAACUCUAAGAAUUGUCUAAUAAGGGUGACGGCGAGAGGCAGAGAAGCUCUGGUUACUGAUUUUGGUUUGGCUCGAGAGGUGGUUGAACUUCCUGCAAAAGACAGAAAGCUUUCACUUGUGGGCUCUGCUUUCUGGAUGGCCCCCGAGAUGCUGCGCGGGGAGCCCUACGACCGCAAGGUGGAUGUGUUCUCUUUUGGAAUUGUUUUGUGUGAAAUUCUGGCUAGGAUCCCAGCAGACCCAGAAAUCCUUCCAAGAACGCAGGAUUACGGCCUGGAUGUAUCAGCAUUUGGGAAAAUGGUCAUUGAGUGCCCUCAACGUCUUUUAGAGCUGGCAGCCAGCUGCUGUCUGAUAGAGGCUUUCCGAAGACCUUCUUUCACAGAGCUUCAGGACGAGUUGGGUGAAAUCGCUGAGACUUUGGAGGCUCCUCACAAUGAUCUCACCACAGGCUGAUCUGCGGCACGUCCUCUGGUCUCCCAUCAGCCCUGCGAACGGACACAAGCAGCUGGAGUUCUGUACAUAGACUAAAGCACAGUGACGAAUGCAGCAGAACUGCAGAUUUCUCUCUGGGCUGUUUGCAUUGAAAGAGCAAAUCAAGGAAAAGGUCGCUAUUUAUUAUGAACGUUCUACAAGUAACUAUAUGGCCUACUGUUCAACUCCGCACAGCUGUACAUAAUAUAUACUGUGCAAUAUAUAAUAAUACUAUACCAAGAGAAAUAUUGCAUCGGGUUCCGACUAAAGUGUUUAGCUGUUGUCAUUCUCUCAAAGCUACAGAUUUUCAAACCUAUUGUUAUUCUUGUUUUGUAUAUGAAUCAUUUUAUAUUGAAAAACUACCCUAAAAUAGAUUUUGAGGCUUUAGAUAACCCAUCGAUAAAAGCACUAACGAGUUUUGAAUAAUCAAAUAAUAUUUUCAUAGGCUUCAGUGUAUCGAUACUUGAUUAGAUUUAAGAAAGUAAUUUAUUUUGGUACCAACUGCCCAAAUAGGAAAACGGCGCAUUUGUAUUGCUGACUUUUUUUGAGAAAAAUAUUUGAAAAACGAGUGCACUUUUCAUUAUUUGGAAAGCAAUUUAUACAGGAGCAAGCACUCAACUCAUCGCUUGUCGUUUUUCCUCCACUGAGCUGAGCUGCUGAUCUCUGGACUUUCUCCACACGACUCAGCAGGAUGAGGCCCAUUUCCUGCCUGCAGGGCCUCUGCGCUACUGCUGCAGCGUUUUCAUUGUGCAUUGUGCCGAGUGUUUGUGAAAGCAGUUUUUUCUUUUUAGCAUUCGAAGCUUAAAUGUUUUAUGUUUUAACACUUUCUGUCCAUUUUAGUCGACUUGUUUUGCCACGGGUUGUGAUUUUCAGUACUCACACAUACAGUAUUUAUCAGAAGCGUGAGAUGUGCAUCAGUCUUAUUCCAAUAAACAGCGACACCAAACUAUUUGUUUGGAUAUUGGCUGUAAUGGAAUCAAAAAUGCUAAAUUAUUUUCACGACCAUGCUACUUGCUGCAGUAUUCUGAAAACCUGUGCUCUCUUCUCAUUAAAACUGAAAUCAAUAUUCUUUUCUAAUUUCAAAUGCGUAACUUGUCACUAUUGAUUUGUUUUUAAUAUUUGUAUAAGUUCUGCUUGGAUGUUAUUUCGGUUUUUAAUCAUCGCGCUCUAGUGAAUUGCCUGUUGAACAUCGUUCGAAUUAACUUUAACAAAAUCUACAUUCUGUGCCUCAAAGAGGAAGCUUGGGGAUCUUUUGGUGAGAACCAUGUCCUGCUAACCUCAUAUCUCUGAAACAAGCCUGAUGUCUGUAUAGUCUGAAUCUUCCCGUGUUUUGUAGUGUUUUUGUAAUACGGUAUAAAAAAGAAAAAGGAGUGUAUGUGAAUGCUGUGUAUUUUUCAAAUAAAGCCAUCAAAAAUCUA